AUGGAUAGCAGAAUGAAUCGGCUUCAGCAGCCUCUGAGCGGGCUUUUCGCGAACGCAACUCUGGAGACACACUUUGGUCUUACAUACAGUCCAAGGGAGCUUUGGGCACCGUCACGACAGGAACGAGAUCUUGAACUUGAUGCUGGAAUUACUGUGUCGAGGGCAAUUGCUCAAGCUCCUCCUGCAAUUGCGAAGGAGGAUCGACUCGGAGCUCCUGAAAGGAGUCUCGGUGAGGCUGAAGUGGAAAUAUCAAAUGCAAGCACGCCUGCUGUCAACCAGCCCCGAGAAGCCGAACUUAGCGAUAACAAGGAAAAUGAAGUUCCCGGACCAUCAGCAUCACCACUAACAUGUUGCGGCAACGAUUUCCCCACAAAGGCUGAUUACAAUCGGCACAAGCGCUACCACGACAAGCCCGAAUCUUGUCCUCAUUGUCCUCGAGCUUUCGGAACGACGAAAGACCUCAAUAGGCACAUCAAUGACAGACAUCAGAGGACGAAGGUGUACCACUGCUUGGAUUCAACGUGUGAACGCUCGGUAGCAGGAAACGGGGAGGGAUUUCCGAGGAAGGAUAACUGGAGGAGGCAUAUGAGGGAUGUGCAUGGCAUUAACGCCAAUUGA